AUGAGUGCCAAAGCUGGGGGAGUAAGACAGCAGAGUAACAGAUUCUCAAACCUCCUAGCUAGGAACAACACUACAGGGAACCUUGGGCUUCUGUUUUUACUUGAGUUUUUCAGUCUUAGGUGGCUCUCUAAAUGCAGAUCCUUUUAUUAAGAAACCUCAGGACCCCGUCUCAGGUCCGACCGUGCCCUGGAUGAGUACAAGGAGGGGGAGGUGUGUAUGUGCUGAGCACACAGCCCUGCCUGGGAGAGCUUCAGGCUGUGCUGGAGCAGGCCAGGCGAGCUGCCCUUCCCUGCAGCGUGGUCAGUCCUCGCACAGGAGGGAUGUCCUCUCCCCAAGGUUGCAUUCUCUCUUGGCUGUAGCUGGCCCUCGCCCCAGAGGAGAGAUGGUGAUUUCAUCAGACUCUCUUUCUGGUGGGACUUGUGCAUUGUUAAUUGUGUUGUGGGGUUUUUUUUUUUUUUUUUAAUUGUUAGUGAUUUCAUGCCAGUAUCUUAAGGACACAUUUUUUCUUAAUUAAAAAAAAAAAAAUCAAUUUCCUUUUAUUCUGAGUCUUUUUUUUCUUUUUUUCUAAUGGAAAGCUUUGCUUCCUUAAUGACACCUUUUUAUCUGUUUCUGAGAAAAUUAUGAAGCUGUCAGCUUGGACCACGUCACCUUGUGGGGCCAGGCCUGUCUGAUUCACUGCCAAGCUAACCGGCAAACCUGAGCUGAAGGAGAUACGAUCAGAGUUGAUAGGUGAUUUAGCAUUGCUGCAGACCCAGCUCAGAAGAGAAAGAGCAGCAACAAAAAUAAACGAGAUUAAUAUCUUCAGGAAACCUCUCUGAGUGUCUCUUUCCUCCUGGAAAGGGAUUGGACUCUGCUGUGAUGGGCACUGUGGAAGGUGACGUGGGCUGCCUCGAGCACAUCGCGUCCGUCGGUUUCUAACUAAUUUGGCUGUAGUCUCUUCAUUGUUCUGAUUUCAUGUUCUUCACACUCUGGGUUUAACUCAAGGGUUUAACAAUGGCUGCUCAGUGCCCUUCCCUCCCAGAUGUCUGCUGGUUUCCCACACGCGAGUGUUGAGUGGUGACAAGGAUUAGUGUGCCCAGCCUAGCAUGGCUGCUUGUUGGAGCGGCCCAUGACUGAUGAGCUGGGCAGAGGAACCCCUUGGUUUUGUUUUGUGCCCCAAUGCUCUUUGGUAUUUUGUAUUUAACAAUUGGAUGUUCUAGCCCCGUGUCUCGGCUGAGCUGCAUUUUGACCCUUCCUUGGGCUUUCCCACAGCUUCACUUUUCAGACUUCCAUUCACGUGGCUGCUGCCUCCCACCCAGGACACAUCCCUGCUGAAUAAAGACGUCCUUAUUUUUUCCUCUUCCCUUUGAAGGCCCUGUUCGUUUGCAAGGUAAUGACUUCAUGUGGCAACCCGUUCUUUCCUUACGUUCACCUGCGGGGACACAGCUGGCUCCAAAACCAGCUCUGCGGGAGCAGAGAGCGGCAGAGGGUGCUCUUGUGAGCUGGGUGCCUGCAGAGCCUGCUCACAGCCAAGGCGGGGAGAAGCCCAGCCCGCAGCUGGGUGAAACAACAAGCUCUGCAGGUCAGGAAGCGAGCUGUGGUCUUGUGCUGCAUGGUAUCUGCACAGAGCUGCCUGCCGAGAGCGAGCUGAGGAGGAGUGGGAGAGCUUGGAUGGAGAUGCUCGGAAUGUCCGGGAGCCCCUGACUGGGAGUAAUCCUGUGGUUUGAAAGAGACAAAGUUCUCCAGGUUGACUGGCAAGGAAGCGGGCAUGGCUGGAUUCCUGUUCUUCACGCUCACCGGCUUCUGAGGUUCUGCAAAAGCUGAGCCCCGCAGUGCUCUCGGUAGCUGUUCCCCAUGGCUGUGACCCACAGUGAGGGGCUGCCGGGACCCCCGCCCCUGGUGGCCCUUGCUGCCCUGGCCCUGCUCGGAGGCCUGGUCUACCUGUGCACCCUGUGCACUGUCUGCCAACGCCACAGCAGGAGGAAGAAGGUCCCUCCGGACGGCGUGAAGCUGGUGGAUGAGACCCUGCUCAGACAGACGCAGCUGCGCUCGCUCAGUAAGUCGGACACGAGGCUGCAUGAGCUGUACCGCCUGAAGGCCAGGGACGACAAUCAGCGCCCGGCCAGCCUGGAUUUCGCCCUUUCCUCACUGCCCCCCGAAUCCCUGCACAGCUCCGUCCUCCUGCACCGCCAGCUGCCCCGGAUCCCCGGCCCCGAACCCCCGGCCCCCGACCAGACCUACUCCAACCUGCUCUUUGCCCCACCACCUCGUGCACCCCCGGACACGCUCUACGAGUGCCUGGCAAUGGGGGAGGAUGAUGCACCUACAGCCACUGGGACCCCAGUGUCCCCCCCCCGGGUCGGGAAAGGGGCUGCUGACUAUGCCUGCAUCCGGAAGGUGAAGAAAACGGUGCCAGAGGAGCAGGAGGGGGCUGUGGCAGGGCCCUCUGCAGCCCCACAGUGCUGGGAGGGUGCAGGCAAUGCACCCUGUCUGAAGCUGGAAGACAUGUACUCAACAGUGUGCAAAGCCACCAAGAAGAGGAGCCAUGGCCCUGCAGCAUCCCCCAGGGACGGGGGGUCCGGGCGGCCGCUCCCACCCCACGAGGAGCCCCCCCCAGCUGCCUGCUGGCCCACAGCCCCCCCUGAGCCCUGCUAUGAGGCCAUCAACGACAGAGCCUGGGCUGCACGUGGCCCCGAGCCGGACUACGAGGCUGUGGAUGUUCGCUGGAAGAAGGCGGCGAAACGGGACCGGCCAGGGAAGCCCCCCCUGCAGGACAACCUGUACGAGAGCGUUGGAGAAAUGUGGGGAGGGGAAUCUCGAGGAGGUGGUGGCUGGACCGCUGCCAACGGGCUGCAGGUGUACAUCACCAACCUAUAGCGAUCCCAGCGCCGGGAGGGCAGACGGACAGAUGGACGGACAGACAGAUGGGACGGACGGACGGAUGGAUGGAUGGAUGGAAGUUGGGCGCUGCAGCUCUGCUCCGUGCGGUGGGGACGGGCACGCACCCGUGCCAGCUGGUGGCUGUGUCCCUGUGAGCUCUGUAUAUAUUUCACGUUACUUUUCUUUAA